AUGUUUCAAGUAUUAAAUCCACUUAUUACUUUAUUAAAUAUGAGUGGCAUCAAUCUUAAUGUUCAAACGAUGAUUCAAAAAACACAUAACUCAACUAACUCAACUUCGUCAGACCAGGAGUUCUUUUACAGCAAUGAUGUUCACAUUUUUCAUAUCACUUGUAUCACUUGUGAAGAAAACUUUCCAAAUAUCAAUGCACGUCAAAACCAAAUGAAUUAUAAAGUAACUUGUAAAACCAUUCCGAUUUCUUUGGUUGCUAAUAAUCUGUUAAAAAGACCUUAUACCAUUGAUUUUUCUGAACCCUACAAGGAAUACGCGGUCAAUUACAACAAAAAUGAAGAUAAGGACACUAGUUGUCGAAUUGUAGUUGAUAAAUUUGAUCCAAAUUCAAAUACAGGAAAAUUUAACGCUACUCUUAUUGAAAGUGAAAGUUCCCAAUCUGAUGAGAGUGAAACUAAAAUCACUAGGGAGUAUAAAGAAGUUCCAUGUAAAUGGAAUGAAGAUGCUACUAAAUCAUUGCUAGCAUACCUGAAAACCAAUAAAGAAGAGGUUAUACAACUGGAAAGUCGUGGUAUUAUAGCUAGGGAAGUUAGAGAGACGCUCUGGGAUAAUAUCUCCACUACUCUGCGCAAAGGUGGCUACAUUUAUUCUGCCGAGCAAUGUGCGAUUAAGUGGAAAAAUCUUAAACAGAAUUUCAAAAAGAAAAACAAGCAGAAUUACAAUAAUAAUUCAAAACUUCGGUAUAAUUCAGAAAUUGAAGACAUUCUUAAAGAUAGGCGCUUAUCUACAUUCUCUGAUGAAAAAACAACUGGUUAUUAUAAACGAAAGAUUAGUGCUGAAUCAUCUGAACGACCAAAAAAAGUCAGUAAAACCGAUGUUAAAUUAUCAAUUCGUCAAAGGAAAGAACAUAAAGGAAAAAGAAGGAUGCUUGAAAUAAAGGAUUUAAUAAGCCAAUAA